AUGGGUUAUUACUGCAAAUCAUCAACAAAUCCUCAUCUUCAUUCUUCGAUCUUCUUCUUUCAAAUCAACACAAUAUUAUUACUUCUUCCUAGUCCUAUAAAUUCAAUGUCCUUUAACUUCCCAAAUUUCUCACCGAAUGAUCCUAGCAAUACUAGCAUAAAUUUCCAAGGAGAUUCAACCAGGACAGGUAACUUCAUCAAUUUCGUGGGGAAUUCAGGCGACACCAGUGAUCGCAAAAUUUCUGGCCGUGCCACGUACUCAGAAGCUAUAAAACUUUGGAAUGCAACCACUGGAUGGCAGGCAGACUUUGAUACAAACUUCUCAUUUAUUAUUGAUAGACUAAAUAAGGAUAAGAAUAAUGCUGGUGACGGUUUAACCUUUUUUCUUGCUCCUUUCGGGUCUAUACUUCCAACAAAUUCUUCCGGUGGAGCUCUUGGCUUAUUGAGUCAGAACGUACCUCAAAAUAAUCGGGGCAUGAAUCAAAUUGUUGCGGUUGAGUUUGAUAGUUUUAAAAACACAUGGGAUCCAAGUUCAGAUCAUGUUGGUAUCAAUAUUAACUCGGUAGUGUCUGUGGUUACUGUAUCCUUAGCAAAUGGAACUAUAAGUGAUGGAAGAAAAGCUAAUGCUCGGAUUACUUAUAACUCUAUUACCAAAAACUUGAGUGUAUAUCUAACUUAUAGUCGAAAUCCUGUUUUUAACGGAAAUUCUACUUUGUAUCAUGUUCUUGAUCUAAGCAAGGUUCUUCCGGAGCUAAUUACUGUUGGAUUUUCAGCAGCAACCGGCGUGUAUACUGAAGUUCAUCAAGUCCUCUCCUGGCAUUUCAAUUCCACUUCAGAAUUGAUCGAGGUGAGCCAAGAUAAUAAAACAGCUGAAGGGAAAACUGGUGGUGAACGACAAACUGAUGGUGAAGGAAUAAGUAAGAAAACUGAUUUGGCGGUUGGUCUGGGUGUUGGCUUGGGUGUUUUUGCAUGCGCGCUUGGUUUUGCACUCUUUAUUUGGUUAAAGAAGAGGCCGAGGUUAAGGAACUUUGAUGAUGAUGCGGAAAAUUCUGAUGUAUCAAUGGAUAAUGCAUUUGAGAAAGGAACCGGACCGAAGAGGUUCUCAUACAGUGAAUUGGUUUAUGCGACAAAUAACUUCGAUGAGGGAGGAAAACUGGGACAUGGAGGAUUCGGAAGAGUGUACAAAGGUUUCUUGAGUGAUCUGGGUGUGAAUGUGGCAGUUAAAAGGGUCUCACGAGGUUCAGACCAAGGAAAAAAAGAGUACCAGGCGGAAGUGAAGAUUAUUAGCCAAUUACGGCAUAGAAAUCUAGUUCAGCUCAUAGGUUGGUGCCACAAAAGAAAUGAAUUACUUCUUUUGUAUGAAUUCAUGCCAAACCGUAGCCUUGACAAACAUUUAUUUGGUGGGGAAAAUACUCUCAGAUGGGAAGUGAGAUAUAAAAUAGCUCUUGGUUUAGCUUCUGCAGUACUAUAUCUGCAUGAAUUAUGGGAACAAUGUGUGCUUCACAGAGAUAUUAAAGCAAGUAAUGUAAUGUUGGAUUCAGAUUUUAAUGCUAAACUCGGGGACUUUGGUUUAGCAAGGCUUGUUGAUCAUGGAUUAGGUUCUCACACAACUAUGUUGGCCGGAACCUUGGGUUACUUAGCACCAGAAUGUAUUUUGACGGGUAAAUCAAGUAAGGAAUCUGAUGUUUAUAGUUUUGGAAUCGUUGCACUUGAGAUUGCUUGUGGGAGGAGACAGGUUGAAGCAACUAAAGGAGUGUUAAUAGAGUUGGUUUGGGGUCUUUACGGAAGAGGAAAGCUGUUGGACGCAGCGGAUGAAAGGUUAAAGUUGGAGUUCAAUGAGUUAGAAAUGGAACAAUUAAUGGUUGUAGGAUUAUGGUGUGCUCAUCCUGAUUCUAAAUUGAGGCCUUCGGCCACUCAAGUGAUUAAUGUUCUUAAAUUUGAAUCUCCUCUGCCUAUACUUCCACCUGAGUUACCAACUCCAGUAUAUCUUCCAAUUGCACAAUCCGUGCCUAAUUUUUCUUCAUUAGUUGGUCUUACUGAUACAGUCACAGGUCUUACCAAUACACUCACAGGAAGAUAGUAUUGGUGUACAAAUGUAUGUAUGAUUUCAUUAUCAUUCCUUAAUCUUUGUAGUUAUAGUGUUCCACAUUUUUAUCAUAUAAAGUGUACAGUCAAUAUUA